AUGCAAGGCUUCAAAGACUUCGACCCUGCAAAGGACAUUCGAGACCUUUCCGGAAAAGUGAUCUUGGUGACUGGAGGAUUGGGAGAAGAAAGUGUGCGAGCACUGGCGGCGCACAGUCCAUUGCACAUCUACUUCACAGGCCGCAAUGUCGCUGCAGCGAAUGCACUGAUCGCCGACAUCAAAGCCAAGCACCCGAGGACAUCUUUGAGCUUCAUCAAGAUGGAUCUUUCGUCCCUUCGCGCAGUCAAAGAGGCCGUCGCUCGAGACUUCAAACAUGACCGCCUCGAUAUACUGAUGAACAACGCCGGUAUCAUUGCCAAACCGGCAGUUUUGAGUACUGAUGGUUACGAGAUCCAAUUCGCGACGAACCACCUCGGCCAUGCGAUGCUCACCAGAGAGCUGAUGCCCAUCUUGCUCAAGACGGCCAAAGAGCCCGGUGCAGACGUCCGUGUCGUCAGCAACACCUCCGCCGGUUACGAGUUCCAUCGCGCCAUCAAAGGUGGUAUCUCCUUCGAUGAGCUUGACGCUGGAAGCACGAUGUCUCGAAUGAUGCUAGGCGCAUGA